UGCUUUCUAACUAGAAAUGUGAAGCGUUCGGUACUAAAAGAAAGAUCUGCCAUUACAAUGAUAAAACACUUACAAGGAAAAAACAAACAGCUUUCUACUACUGCUUUACAAGAGGCCAUAAACAAUUUGCCAGAAAAACAGCAAGAAGCUGUAAAACAGUGCUUUCAUUCAUGUACGUUGCAGAAAAAUUCUUUUAGUAAGAAAUGGAUACUGGAAUGUAUUCUUAUGCGAUGUAAGAGCCCUUCUUUGUACAAGCAUAUUCAAGAACAAAAAAUUCUUCAUGUUCCCACAGUACGCACUAUGAACACAUACAUCCGAGGUAUAAAGGCAGAAUGUGGCAUUUCAGAUGAUAUUCUGCAGUGCAUUCAAUGUAAACUGAAAUCCUUGCCUAUAAGAAAAGACACAAUUGAACGUCAUGGUGUACUGCUGUUUGACGAAAUAAGUUUAACACAACAUUUGGAUUUAAAUUCAGUGUCUGGUACAAUCACAGGGUUAGUGGACAUAGGUUCUAAUACAACAUACACACAAAUCUCUCAGUAUGCUGACCAUGGUUUGGUCCUAUUCUUUCGGCCAUUUAUUGGUAACUGGGGCCAGGUUGUUGGUGUGUAUCUCACCAAAAAUGCAGCCCCUGGCAAUGUCCUUACAAAUUUGGUUCUGGAUGCUAUUGUGAAACUAGAUGCAGCUGGUCUGUUUGUAGACUGCGUAGUGUGUGAUGGAGCAACAACAAACCGUUCAAUGUGGAAAAAGUUUGGUAUUGGCAUAAAAGAUGAGAAGAAAGUUUGUAAUUCAGUUACCCACCCAUGUAGUGAAACAGGCGACAGAAAGUUAUAUUUCAUUUCUGAUGGUCCACACUUGUUUAAGUGCAUAAGAAACAGAUGGCUUAAAUCACGUGUAUUUAAGAUCGGGAUGGAAGAAGCAUGCAUGAACCACUUGGAACUUCUACUGAAGUAUGACAGUAAAGCGGCAGGCCUAAGAAUGGCCCCAAAUUUAACAUAUAAACAUGUGCAGCCAAAUAAUUUCCAGAAAAUGAGUGUUACUCUCAUGAAGCAGCUUUUCAGCAUGGAAACAGCUGCAGCUUUGAAGUUUUACAGUAACAAGCCUGGUCUAGAAAAUAUUUCUGGCACUGUAAAUUACAUAGAAAAAGUUGCACAAGUUUAUUCCAUACUAGACAACAACAAACCAUGGAAAGGCCUGACUGUUGGAUCAGAUGAUGAAAAGGUAAAACUCUAAAUUUUGAAAUAUUUCAAUAUUAUGUCUGUACAUAACAAAUAGGCUACUCAGAAUUAUUCGUUUAGUUAUUUUUUAU